CUUCCUAAAACGUGUGACAGAACUUGUUCUGCCAAUUCAACCAUGGAAGCAGUGGCAAAACCCUCCUCGACACGCUCGCAGCAGGUACUCUCGGUGCAGAGUCAGCAGCAAAUUGCGAUCGAAAUUAUCAGCGAAUCACCACCGAUCGCCCAGCAACAGCAACAACAGCCACCACACCAACAGCUGCAGCAUCAGGAGCUACAGGCGCACACCCUGCUUCAGCAGUGCCAGCAGCAACAGCAACAGUCAGCGGUCCCACAGCCCAACGUGGAUAUUGUGUUGCGCGAAUCGACCCGUAGCAAUCUGGUCAGCCGAAAAAAGCCUUCCAGCGCCGACGGCAAAAAGGGUUCGGGCCACAAGAGCCGGGAGGACCAGAAGGGCGAAGGCAAGUCCGUGUACCGGAAGUUCUUCAAGCGCAUCAAAACCAUCCUGGACGGUGCGGAUCCAGACGCGAGCAGCAAACCGGAAGCCGAAGAUCUGCCCGUACCGGCACGCUACUAUCCGGACUCGCUGGUCGAACUGACGCGGACGGCUCGCUUUACCGAGGAAGAGAUCAAGCGAAUAUACCGUGGCUUCAAGGCCGAAUGUCCGACCGGCAUCGUGAAGGAGGAAACAUUCAAGGGCAUCUAUUCACAGUUCUUCCCGCUCGGUGCGAGCAGCGGCCAAUACGCUCACUACGUCUUCAACUCCAUCGAUCUAGACCGGAAUGGCUCAUUAAGCUUUGAGGAAUUUGUCGCCAACCUGUCGAUUCUGUUGCGAGGUACCGUCGAUGAGAAGCUGCAGUGGACAUUCUCCCUGUACGACAUCAACGGCGAUGGAUGCAUCACCAAGGAAGAGAUGAAGGAAAUCGUAACGGCGAUCUACGAGCUGAUGGGCAAGGUGCCGGAAGGCUGCGAAGAGGAGCAAGCCAUCAAGGAGAAGGUCGAACGGCUGUUUGAGAAAAUGGAUCGCAACUGCGACGGUAAGAUAACGCUGGACGAGUUCAUCGAGUGUUGCACGAAGGACGAAAGCAUCCGCCGAUCGAUAGCCGUGUUUGACACCAUCUUCUAAAGCGACGCAUAUCCAC